UAUGCAGUAGUCACUUCUAUGUUCCAUUUCUUUGUGUAUGUCUGAAAAUACCAAAUCCAAAGGAUUUUUUUAAAGAAAUCGCAGUAAAAGAUUUUGUUCCACUCUCUGCCUUGCCUUCUUUCUUUCUGUGGCAUUCCUUCUUUGUGAGAAGCAAACUAGAGCUCAGCAAUGGAGGAAAACAAAGAAGAGAUCACUAAGUCAGAUCAAAUGGAAAGUACUCUAACAACUCAUCAAGUUCCAAAAAGAAGACAAAAGGGAGGCAUUAUAACCAUGCCAUUCAUUAUAGCAAAUGAGUCUUUUGAGAGAGUGGCAAGCUUUGGGCUAAUUCCAAACAUGAUAGUAUAUUUGAUGACAGAGUACAACCUGGGAUUAACCAAAGGGAACAACAUCCUCUAUUUAUGGGCAGCUGCCUCCAAUUUCAUGCCUAUCUUGGGGGCUUUCCUCUCGGAUUCUUAUCUGGGUCGCUUCCUCACCAUUGGCUUGGGUUCCAUAGUCAGCGUGCUGGGCGCAGUGCUUCUUUGGUUAACAGCCAUGAUUCCACAGGCAAAGCCUCCUCCAUGUAACCAAUUAAAAGGCAGCUGUAAAUCUGCGACAACAGCCCAAAUGGCUCUCCUAGUAUCAUCAUUUGCUGUCUUGUCUAUUGGAGCUGGUGGCGUUCUGCCAUGUUCCUUAUCAUUUGGAGGAGAUCAGUUGGCCAAAGAUGAUAACCCCAGAAAUGCAAGGGUCUUGAGAAGCUUCUUUGGCUGGUACUAUGCUUCUCAAGCUAUUUCUAUCAUGCUGGCCAUGACAAUUAUUGUUCCAAUUCAAGAUCAUUUCGGAUGGAAAGUGGGUUUUGGAAUUCCAGUGAUACUUAUGUUCAUCUCCGCAGUCACCUUUUUCCUUGCUUCCCCCUUCUAUGUCAAGCAGAAAGCUAAGAAAAGCUUGUUCACUGGUUUUGCACAAGUUAUUGCUGUUGCUUAUAAAAAUAGAAAACUUGCAAUCCUUAAUAAGAGCUCAAGUGAAAUGUAUCAUCGCGGAAAGAACUCGUGUCUCAUUGCACCAACCGAGAAACUAAGGUGUUUAAAUAAAGCUUGCAUCAUUAGAGAUCCUAAAUUAGACAUAGCCCUGGAUGGAUCAGCUUCAAAUCCUUGGUGUCUCUGCGCAAUAGAGGAAGUAGAAGAGCUAAAAGCUCUUAUUAAGGUAAUCCCCUUGUGGUCUACUGGGAUCAUGGUGGCAAUAAGCUUCAGCCAGAGCUCAUUCCCAUUGCUCCAAGCUAAAUCAAUGGACAGGCACAUCACUUCAAGCCUUAAAUUUCCAGCAGCCUCUUUUGGGUUCUUUACCAUCAUUACUCUAGCAAUUUGGGUUGCUCUCUAUGACCGAGUAAUCCUUCCCUUGGCAUCAAAAAUCAGAGGGAAACCAGUACGGCUUGGUGCAAUUCAAAGAAUUGGAAUUGGGAUAUUCCUCUCUUGCAUGGCCUUGGUAGUUUCUGCAAUGGUUGAGAAUAUUAGACGUAGAAAAGCAAUCGAGCAAGGUUUUAUUAACAAUCCAAAUGCAGUUUUGGACAUGUCUGCCUUCUGGCUUGUGCCACAAUAUUGCUUGCUUGGAUUAGCUGAAGCCUUUAACGCAAUAGGCCAAUUAGAGUUUUAUUACUCAGAGUUCCCUAAGAGUAUGUCAAGCAUUGCUACUGCUCUAUUAGGACUAGGAAUAGCUGUGGCAAGCUUAUUAGCCAGUCUUAUUCAGAGCACUGUUGAUAACCUUACCUCAAGAGGGGGAAAAGAGAGCUGGGUUUCAAAAUACAUUAACAAGGGUCACUAUGACUAUUACUAUUGGCUUCUUGCUAUAAUGAGCUUUUUCAAUUUACUUUAUUUCCUUGUAUGUAGUUGGACAUAUGGCCCUUGCACAGAGGAAGGGGCUGAGAAGGAGGGAGAAGGCUUUAAGGAGGGACAAGAGUUGCAAUAACUGGUACUGCUGUCUUGAAUCAAUAAUUUUCUCAUGCGUUGAUCAAUGCAUCCUCAUUUUUACAAUAUGUGGACCCCAUUGUUGUUGUGUGCCCUACAAACUGUGAGAGGAAAGAUAUAUAUAUUCAAUGUAUCAGAGACCUGCAUGUCUUGAUUGUGUAACAAUAUUGAUUUGAAUGUUGUAGUAUGUUUACCAGCUUGCAAGAAGCUAAUACCUACUUAUUUGAGAGAUUGGUUAUUUGGAUUA